AUCCACCGUUUCGUACGUGCAUCUGUCUCUUCUGUUUCUCUGCAAUCUUUUCCUCUAACACGCAACACCUGGCAACGCUUUGGUAAUCAUCGCACUCCUAACCCUUCCACUUGGCAGCCGACGUCCGUCGCCCCGCCCCCUUGCCUCAAACAGGUCCUCAACACUCCUGUAGGACUCUCUCGUCCCCACUUUUGGCUGCGGCUUCGUCAGUGGUGCGUGGACACUGGAGGAAGACGGACAGAGAGGAAACAGGUGUACAAUGAAACUGCUGGUCCUGUGUCUCGGCCUGCUCGCAACAUGCAACUGCCAAGUAAUCUUUCCGAGUGAAGAGUCGAACGGCAGAACGCCUUCGCCCACGGAGAUCGAGGCGGUGGACGAUCAGCUGUUCGACGUUCUCUCGGUGGACGAACGGCGCAACGUGAACUCCGGCCCCGUUCAAUCGUGCGUUACGCCAGAGGGGCAGUUCGGCUCGUGUCAGCCGCUGCAGGGAUGCCCCGCCUACUUCCCGCUGCUGGGGCGUCUCCGAGCGCCCGGCGUCGUCAGCUUCCUCAGGCAACGCAUCUGCAGGAUCUUCUCCCGCAACGUGUUCCUGUGCUGCCCCUCCGGCCCGGGCUCCGUCGGGCCCUCCGUCGGCGCCCCGGCCCCCGCCUCCUCGGCCUCCGGCAUCAUUCCCUCCAAGGCCGAGUGCGGGCGGCCGUCCAUCCCGAGGGUCAUCGGCGGGGAGGAGAUUGCGGUGGGCAGUUGGCCGUGGCUGGCGGCGGUGGGCACGCUGCAAGGGCAGUCCUUCGUGUCCUCGUGCGGAGGAACCCUCAUCACCCGCAGACACGUCCUGACGGCAUCGCACUGCUUCGACGACCCGCGAUUCGUCGACCCGACGGUGGUUCGGCUGGGCGAGCACGACCUCACGAGCAGAACCGACAACGCGAGGCCGCAGGACUUCCGCAUCGCCGGGCGACGCAGCCCCGGAUACAACCGCAGAUCCCAUGAGAACGACUUCGAGAUCCUCAUCCUCGACGCUAAUGUGGCCUUUAAUGAGGUGAUCCGACCUGCGUGUCUUCCCUUCGACUUGCGCAACAACGACUUCCGCAACACCGACCUGACGGUGAUCGGCUGGGGCAGGACUUCUACCACGAGCCUGCGGACCUCGUCAGUGCCCAUGCAGGCUGACGUCCCCGUGGUGGAUACCGCCUCCUGCAGCAGGGCGUACCAGAGGGUGGAGUCCAAACCGGUGGUGGACCAGAGGCACCUCUGCGCCGGGAAGGGCACCACCGACUCCUGCGGGGGCGACAGCGGCGGACCCCUCAACUACCUCGGCCGCGACGGCAGGUACUACGUGGUGGGCGUGGUCUCCUUCGCCGUGGACUGCGCCCGCCCGGAAUUCCCCGGCGUCUACACCCGAGUCACGAGCUACCUGGACUGGCUGCUCCCCGUCCUGGAGUCGACGUAGAUGGGCGGCGGCGAGGGCGUCGUCUGGGGGGACUCUGCCGGUGGACCUGCGUCGAUUCGGCGGCGUGCGAGAAGGACUUUUCAUAGAUAAGGGCUGAUGAAGGCGCUGGGAGGGGAGGCAUAGACGGAAAAGUAGUUUUUGUAUAAGCGGAGCGACACAGCAGAUUAGGACAUAUUUGCCUACAUGCUUCUGUAUGUACACACACACGUAUCCACAGACGCUCACACACACUCACACUUACACAAUUGCCCACACACAUACACAUACACGCAUACACGCACGCUCACAAGUACGCACGCACACACAUUUAACGCUGCUAUUUUUUGCUCCUCAAAGGAAUUUCGGUUUGCGUUCUAAUAAACGUUCUCUUCCUUAUUGUUUUUAUUUUAAAAAAAGUAAAAUGUU